CUCAUCUCACUCUCGCACAAGAGGCGCGAGCGCGUCACGAUAAACGAUAUUUCAUUUUUCACACAAGCCCCACAAGCGAGACUGAGACGCCUGUGGGAGUGCGGACGGCUCAUCUUUGUUUACAAACACUUCCCAUAUUAUUAUUAAUUUUUACGAUAUAAUUAAACAUCGAGCUUCCACAAUGAACGUCCAUCGGCCGUAGAAAGAACAAAUCCUCGGUCGCGUUACGUAAAAACUUCAAUUAAAUAUCGAAACGAAAUUAGAAAGUUGCGCCAUUGGCGAUCUUGUUUUUUUUUUAUCAUGUCUAUAUGAAAACUCAACAUGGCGCCGCAGAAAACGAAAAACAAGUGCAAGUGCUAAUUGGAUCAGAAAAACUGUUUCGCGUUUCACUAAUAUGGAGUUGGGAAAUAUCGUCGAGUGAUGUUAAAGUGUAAAUUUAUUGGAAUUUCUGUUAUACAACUCUAUCUUCCAAGCAGAUAGCAUAGAGUUCUGUAAAACAAUUGUAUGUCAGGAUGGCAGACAGCCAGGGGCAAACAGUGGAAUAUCAAUGGGCCUACUCUAUCAUGGAUUCCAGUCGAGUAUCCACAUUUUUAAUUUCCAUGCUCCUUAUUGUUUAUGGUAGCUUCCGCAGUUUAAAUAUGGAGCAGGAGGCUCGUGAUAAGGCCCACAGUUCUACAAAUUGUCUUUUGAAUCCAUCUCAAAGUGUGCAGCCAGAAAAUAAUGUCCAGACUUUGGAUACCAUGCAUGCUUUGUGUUUACCAUUAGGGGCAAGCAUAUCCUUACUGGUUAUGUUCUUUUUCUUUGAUUCAAUGCAGAUGUUGUUUGCUGUUUGUACUGCAAUUAUUGCUACCGUAGCCCUGGCCUUUCUACUUCUACCCAUGUGCCAGUACAUCAUAAGACCAUGCUCGGACGGCAAUAAAAUCUCAUUCGGCAUGUGCGGCAGGUUCACCGCAGCCGAAUUAUUGUCUUUCUCCCUGUCUCUAUUUAUUGUCUGCAUAUGGGUGUUAACAGGCCACUGGUUACUGAUGGAUGCAAUGGGCAUGGGACUUUGUGUGGCAUUCAUAGCCUUCGUGAGACUACCCAGUUUGAAAGUAUCCACUUUGCUCUUGACUGGUUUGUUGAUUUACGAUGUCUUUUGGGUCUUCUUCUCCUCGUAUAUCUUCAGCGCCAACGUUAUGGUUAAGGUUGCGACUAGACCAGCGGAAAACCCAGUGGGAUUGGUGGCUCGAAAACUGCAUAUAGGAGGGGUGGCGAAAGAAGCGCCGAAAUUAAGUUUACCGGGCAAACUGGUAUUUCCUAGUAUCCAUAACAGUGGGCAUUUUAGCAUGUUAGGGCUUGGAGAUAUAGUGAUGCCCGGUCUGCUUCUAUGCUUCGUUCUGCGCUACGACGCUUACAAGAAAUCUCAGGGUUUGGCGCCGCCCGGUUCCAGACUGACUUACUUCCAUUGUUCCUUAUUGGGGUAUUUUUUGGGUCUCCUCACCGCCACCGUCAGUUCCGAAGUGUUCAAGGCGGCUCAGCCCGCUUUACUCUAUUUGGUCCCGUUUACUUUGUUGCCGUUACUCACGAUGGCAUACCUCAAGGGUGAUCUGAGGAGAAUGUGGUCCGAGCCGUUCAAGUCCUUAAGUGUGGCGAAACAUUUGCAAGACGUGUGAUAUAAACUGACGGUACCGUAACACUAUUAGAGAAUAACAGCUAAAACAGCGACGAAUCCUGCCUGAACAGGUUAUAAGUUGAUAUAAAUAAUCUGUUUUGGCAAGCGAUUUUUACCUCAGACUAAAGGCAGCCUAGUGACAAUUGAAUAUUAAUUCUGAGAG